AUGGAUGGACUUCAACUCCAAUCGAUUUCUCUCUCAGCGGUGCACAUUCUCCUCUCCAUCACAGCAUUCCUUGGGAAUUCUCUGAUCCUUCUUGCCCUUAACAAAGAAUCUUCCCUUCAUCCAGCGUCUAAACUCUUAUAUCGUUGUCUGGCAACAACUGAUCUGUUGGAAAAUCAGCAAAGUAAUAUUGAGCUUCAGAUUCGUAAGAAAUGCGGGUUGCCUCUGACCCUACAUAGAACUGACUCAAGAUGUGGGGGCAAACCAUUUUUCCUCAGCGCUCCCUACCUUGAUUUAAAAAUUCCCGCUUUAUGUGACAGUACAAGUGCAGCACCCUGCUGCAACCACAGAACACGAAGGUGUGGGGCUGGACCAAACAACUGCAACUGCAAUAGAUGUACUGACUUUAGGAAAGAAAUUUCCGCCGAGCUUUACGAGUGGGUUCCGUUUAAUGGCUGUAUAUUCACCAAUUUCAACACUGAAAGAGCAUGCAGUCUCACUUCAAGCCGAGUUUCGAGACUGAUUCUCAUUGGAGACUCCUUAGUGAGACAUCUUUUUAAUGCAUUGAUGAUUUUAUUUACAAAUGACGAGGAAAGAGGAGGCUUGAAACCAGUGCAAGAUCAUAAGAUAAAAGAUUGCCAAGGUGUUAUGCAGUUUGUCGAAGGGGUGCACGCUCAUGGAAGUUUAAAGGAUAAAAACUAUGAUUUUCCGUCUUAUAACGAUCGUAUCGUCCGUUUUAACUUGAGUAUGGAAAAAUAUCUCUCAGUACAUGGCAUUCCAGUGUUUGAUACUUUUAGUUUAACGAGUGGUGUAAGGAGUAUAGACGGCACACACUUUGGGAUGGGACUAAAUAUGGUAAAACCACAGCUUUUUCUGAACUUUUUACAAGAAUCGCUUUGA